AUGUCAAAACUGUGUGGUUUGAACGUAGUUCAGCUACGAGAAGAACUACAGAAACGAAGCCUUGUCACAAGUGGCAACAAAGAAGUACUAGUAGCACGUCUGAGAGAAGCUCUCAUUGAGGAAGACCUUAAAAUUGUGGCCAGUAGGAACAUGUUCGUUGAGAACCUCCUAACAUCUCGCAGCCUAACCACCACACAUUUCGUCAGCGACACCAAACAAUCAACCGACUUUUUCUGGUUCAGAGAUUCUGGCAUCAGAGUUAAUCUCGGUGUUCAAAAUGUACAGAAAGCUUCAGGUCGUAGACAGGAGAGUUAUGUAUGGGAAUAUUUUCAAUAUGAUCCAGUUACAGAUAGGAGUACCUGUUUAUGUGAAAUCUCGAGCACAUCAAGUUCACAAAGCACUUCAGCUUCAAGAGUUUGUGGUAAGACUUUGAAAGGAAAAAAUGCAACAAAUUUGAAAACUCAUUUAGAAUAUUUUCAUUCUGAUGCUUUUAAUAAAGUCAAAGAUAAAGAAAAAGUGAAAAAUAAAUUGUCAAAUAAAAUCUGCAAUGCUAGUGGUUCAGAUCAGAAAACGCAACCUAAAAUUGCUACUUUUGUUGAUAAAAUUAAUGCAUAUAAUGAAAACUCAAAAGUUUAUAAGGAUAAACUUGAUGCUGUCGUUGAUCUGUUUGCAAAGACAAGUUUGCCACUUUCCUUACUUGACUGUCCAGUGUUUCAACAAUUUGUCAAUACCAUGGAUUCACAGUUUAAAUUACCAGUUCUUGAUUUAGUUCCAGCCGCGGCAACGUUGCUUGACUUGAGAUACAACUGGACUUUGCUAAUGUCUGUUAACUCUGCUCUUUUAUCUAUGGCUAAAAAAUAUAUAGUUCAAAAAAUAAAUGUAAAUUGCAAAGAUAGCAAUCAACUUCAAAUUGAUCAGGACCUGCAACAACGUCCGGCGAAACGUUUUAAGCUGAUGACCAGUCUAGUUUUGCCAACGUGCAGCCAAAGCCGAACAGAUAAACUAUUGAGUGUAUAUUCUGAUGUAGAAGAAGAAAUAGACAGAUAUAUAUCUAAAAUUAAUAGCCAGUUAUUGCCAGAAGAUGAAGAUUCAAUUGUUGCAUGGAGCAAAAAGACAGACUUGCCACUUCUUUCUGGUAUUGCUCCAAAUAUACUGGCCUUGCCAUGUUCGCAGGCUUUCGUUGAACGAUUGUUUUCAACAUGUAGCAUAUUGACCGAAGGUCGACGAAAUAAAUUGAGCAACAACCUUGAGAAACGUUUGUUCCUAAAACAUAAUUUACAGCUUGUGUGA